AUGUACAUGUACAUGUACGUGUAUCUGCAUGGAUCGAAGACUUUGGCCUCUGUCUGGAAAACGAAUAAUAAAACGGAGUCUGCUCUCUCAAUCUGA